UGACGUCACAAUCUAAACAUUGCUCAGCUGUAGGAAGGUGUAGUGCUGUCGGAAGAGUGGUUGACGUUGGAUUCACACUAGAUUUCUUCGGGAAACUGAGUGUGUCUCCACAAAUUUCACCACGGCGACCCGUUAGCAAGCCUGGCCUCGAGCGGAGAGUCGGACGACGGUGGACUUGCUCCGCCACCGCGAAAGAAAUCGCGUACUUUGGACGCUACAAUGCAGCAAGCAGCUAAUGGCUGUGCGCAACGCAAUGGAGUGUCCGAAGACCAUUCCGAUACUUUCAAUCAACAAAACGGUGCCGAGAUCUCGCCCGAUGACAACGCUGUUAAUGGAGGACCAAAUGAGGAAAUUACUCCGAAGAUAAUGGACAAGACCACUCAGGACAUUGUGCGACUUAUUGGGCAGCAUUUGAAAACAAUCGGGCUUGACCGGACUGCGGACUUACUGAUGCAGGAGUCUGGGUGUCGCCUUGACCAUCCGGCUGCUGCCAAAUUCCGACAACACGUUAUGGAUGGAGACUGGAAUAAGGCUGACAAUGACCUGAACGAGCUCAAACCUCUUUUGGAAGGCUCUUCUCAGUGUCUUGUGGAGAUGAAAUUCCUACUGUUGGAGCAGAAGUAUUUGGAGUUCCUCGAAGAUGGCCGUGUCUUGGAUGCAUUGCACGUAUUGCGCAAUGAGCUCACUCCACUAAACCACAAUACAGCACGUGUGCACAAGCUCAGCAGCUAUAUGAUGUGUAGUGGCCGAGAUGACCUGAUGCAGAGGGCAGAAUGGGAUGGGAAGGGAAUGAAGUCACGCCAACAGCUAAUGGACAAGCUUCAAGGGUUCCUGCCUCCAUCAAUAAUGCUGCCACCACGGAGACUCCAUACGCUGCUGUGCCAAGCAGUGGAACACCAGAAGCAUAGUUGCCCCUACCACAACACCUUAACAGAAGAAGGGCUUGCAGGUGUCUCGCUCCUUGUUGACCACCAUUGUUCCAGGGAUCAAUUUCCAUGUGAAACAGUGCAAAUACUCAACGAUCAUUGUGAUGAGGUGUGGUUUUGUCGCUUCUCCCCAGAUGGUCUCAAACUUGCCACUGGAUCGAAAGACACUACAAUUGUGAUAUGGGAUGUCAACCCAGAAACACUGACAUGCACACAUCGCAAGACGCUUGAGGGUCAUUCUUAUGGAGUUGCCUACAUUGCAUGGAGUCCGGAUAGCACACACUUGGUAGCCUGUGGACCUGAAGACUGCCCAGAGCUGUGGAUCUGGAACAUCGAAUCAGACGAGUUACGUGUGAAGGUUUCGCAUUCGCCUGAGGACUCCCUUACCUCCUGCUCAUGGCAUCGUGAUGGCAAAAAAUUUGUCACGGGUGGCAUCCGUGGGCAGUUUUAUCAGUGUGAUCUUGAAGGCAAUGUACUUGACUCCUGGGAAGGAGUGCGUGUGAAUUGCCUUUGGUGUCGCAGUGAUGGAAAGACAGUCCUUGCAGCAGAUACCCAUCAUCGUGUUCGUGCCUACAACUUUGAUGAGCUUUCUGACUAUAACAUUUUGCAGGAAGAUCACCCUGUGAUGGCAUUUUCCGUAAAUGCUGCAGAUCGCCUUGCAUUGUUAAAUGUUGCCACCCAGGGUGUACACUUAUGGGACCUACAAGAUCGUUGCCUUGUGCGGAAAUUCCAGGGAGUUACACAAGGACAUUUCACUAUACACAGUUGCUUUGGUGGAGUCAACCAGGACUUCGUUGCCAGUGGAAGUGAAGAUAACAAAGUGUAUGUGUGGCACAUAAAGAGAGAACUGCCAAUAGCUACUCUAACUGGCCACACCCGGACAGUCAAUUGUGUUACGUGGAAUCCUGUCUACCACCAGAUGUUGGCAUCAGUAUCUGAUGACUGCACUGUCAGAAUAUGGGGUCCUGCUAACCAGCAUCGUACCAACAAGACAGGUUAUGCAAAUUCAAGUAGUGAAGGAGGUGUCUUUUCAUCGCCAUCUUCGAAUGGUAGUGUCUGGCAUGACUUGGGUUCAUAGUAGUCAUGUGGUCCUCUGCUCCAUUCUACUUCUCCCUCCUUCCCUUCUCUAUUUCUCCCUCUGUCACACUGUAGCAACACAUGGGCAUCACAUCAAAGAAGAUUUCCAUACCUGGAGCAGGUCCUGCUUGCAUGUUGUCGUGCAUAUCAAGUAGGAAGAGAAGUGAAUGAAACACCUGGUGGAAUAGAGAAUUUGUGCAAUCAUUUGUACAAUGUUUCUGUGAUUUAUUUCUGUAAAAAUUAAAAUAAAAGUGAACAUGUUUCUUCAUAUCAGUCUGUGUGGUACUGCAUCAGUUCUCUUAGAAUGAAUACUGGUAUUGGUUUUCAAAAAAUAAGAGGACAGUAUGGUCCAUUGUGAUAAAUUGCAUGGUUUUUCACUUGCUACUCUGCUGUGAGAAUUAUGUGAUUUUUUUUGUCCUGAAACACAUAAAGCCUUUCCUUUCUGUUAAUCUUGAUUAUUGUUGAGUCAGCUGGAGAAUAUUUUAGAAUGGUAAAUGUCAGAGAACAAUCAUCUAGGGCCAUCACGACAAUGGAUGUGAAUUGUGAGAAGUCUUUUGUUAUGAAUACUGAUAAGAGAAAAGGUCUGACAUUUAUUACUGCAGUUUGAAGUUUGGGUUUCCUUAUUGGAUUAGCUGAAGAAAGAACAGAAAUAUCAUAACUUUUUUUAGUCUUUUUUGUGUUAGACUACAUAGGAUACAGAGCAUCGGAUUGAACUUAAUUAUGCAAUCUAUUCAAAUUAAAAUUUUUCUCACAGUGACUGUAAACAGUUAUGCUUGUUAAUGAUUUGUAAGGUAUACUGAAUACAAACAAAGGAUUGAGCUGAUUGAGGGUGAUGCUGUUUCAUGCAAAUACUGUUUGAAUUAAUGUGCUGUAAGUAACACUGUUUACUUUGAGAUUUCAUGCCAUAAAACGAAUCAGAAUUAUUUAAUUGUACUUUGAUAAAGUUCGAAGUACUCUCUAAUGAUGUUACUUAUGCAUGAUUUUCAUUUAAUGCCAGUGAAAAUCUUAAGAAUUUACUUGAUUGUCCAUGCUAUUGGAACAACUGUGUUGUGCACAAAAAAAUUAAUUUCAUUGGAAGACCUACAAGAAAUGUACAAUUUACUGAAGUGUAUGUUACGGAGUUUUGGGCAAACUGCUGUGAUAAAUGAGUCCACAGUGCUCAUAUUUGUUACCUUGUCUGUCAGUGAAAAGUGACAGAGCAAUAAGUUGUCUCCAGUUGUGAAGCGUAUUUAACAAUCCUUUAUUGCUUUUGGAAACCAUUUUCUAUUUUUAUGCACUGAAUACUAAUUCAACAAAUUCAAAUGCCUUCCAUGUUUUCCUUAUAUUGGUAUUGUCUUUGCAUGUGAGGGUGUUUGUACUUGUCAGUCCUGGUGAUAGCAGUCCUUUCUUUGUAUUGUGGUUAUCUCCUGCAUCGUAAUUGUUAGUGACUGAUAAGACGAUCAGUUGCACAUUACAUAUUUUCAUUAAUGUACAGUUCUUUGAGAGUUGCCAUGCUGAUGUUUGUAGUGUGUAACAAUCUGCACGUAAUAUAAGGUUUUUAAUAUUUAUGCAUGAAUGAGAGUUCCUUAACAAAAUACAAAAUCUGCGGCAAUACUUAUAAUUUAUAGUAAAAAUUCCGUUACUCAUUAACAGAUAUUUUUCUGUAUUUUUUAUAUGGUUCAUGUUACACAGCCUAUCUUUGAUAUUUAUUAUUAUUUGCAGCAAUAAUCAGGAAGUUUUGUUGCUCUGUAUGCUUAAAAAACAGCAGUGUUUGAUUACCAACUAUCUCUUUGUUGAUGUUAUUAUUGUUAUUGUUGUUAUUAUUAUUGUUGUUAAGUGGUGUAAAACUGUACUAAAUUGAGCUUUUCCAGUUUUUGUCCUGCGUUAUAUGAGUGUUCAAUUUCUCUCUAUUACUCAGAAAUUUGGUCAAACUGAGUAUGAAAUGUGCCUUUGUUAUCAUUACCGGUCUUUGGAAGUAUACCACUUCAUAUUUCUACACAUUUAUAGAAUUGUGACACGAGAAGUGUAUGCUGCAAUAAAUAUAAUAAGUAGGAUUUUUUAUACUAGGAGGGAGAGAGAGAAAAAAAAAGAAGAAAAUUUAAUGUGAUACCACAAUUCAGCCCUUUAAUAAAUAAAAUGACCCAUAAACAAAUUGCACAAUUGGUGUAAUGCUUUUAGGUUUGUUGAGAUGAAAUGAGUACUGUGAUCACAUAUUGUAUCAUUCCAAAGUAUUGAUGUCAUUUUUUGAAAUUAAUAACAAGGCCUUACUGAUUAUCAGUAUCGUAGCAAAGACUGAUGAUUGUUUAGAUGUUUCAUUUUGAAACUGUAAGGGGAGACAGAGAGAGAGGAGCAGAGACAGGAAAAGAGCUGUUUUUGCAGCAAAAGUGCCAUCUAAACGGAUUGAAUGCUGUUCAUAAUUUGUAUAUAAGAAUGCUAGUGUGUAAUAAUUUUUAUACAUUUGUAUCGUACCUUCUCUUUUUUCGUGUUUCCAAUGACAUUUAAAGAAGGGGAUGAUGGAGAUGUAAGACUCAGGCAAUAGUAACAAGGUUAUGUUAUUUAUAUUAUAAUUUUCUGUCAGCAGAACUUUCUUAGUGUGUACCGAUUCAAAUUCUGCUUCCAUAUUUCUUGUGUACAGGAACAUCAAAGUUUCGGUCACUGACACUAGUAGUAGUUACUGUGCAAGUGCCAUUUCAAUAGUUUUCACACUCUCUAUUUUCCUCAAACUUUUCUUCAUAGUAACUUUCUUAAUACUUAAACUGUCUUGCGUCUCUAUAGCUGAAAAUAUUACAUCCCUUUAUCUGAGACCAUGUUCAAUGCUCUAACUUUUAUGCCACAGCAACCUCAGGAAAUAAUUUUGUUCCUAUUAACCAUAUCAGCUCACAUAUUUGGUUAUGUUAGACCUUGAGGAAUUGGGGAUGUAUUGAUCAUUUGCAUUACAUUUUCACCACUGUGUUUAUGGGAAUUUCAGUAACUAAAAAGCCAUAGUUAAUACUUUGUUUCGGAGAAUAUAGCUCACAUUUGGAGUAAACUGUAUCUUUAAAAAUGUCAUAAAACCAAAUAGGUCUCUUUCUUUGAACCUCUGAAAUAAGGCAAGUAUUAUUUUUUCCACUUAAUUAUCCAGUUGACAGUUUUGAUAUUUUACAUUUUUAAUGCUCUCGGUUGCUUAAAAAAAUUAAUAAACUUUCAAUUGUGGUUGUUUAGAGAAAUGUGGUCUCUUGUAAUGCAUUAUAGUUGCUCUGGAUUUUGAUAAUUUCUUUUUCUGUUUUGGUGGGAUGUGAGCAACAUGUGAGAGUUAAUAACAUAAAUGCAGUUGAUCUGUCAAAAACAGUUAUGUAGGUAGGUAGUCAUUUUACACAAAGACAACUAGAAAUUACUGUUAUCUAACAUGGUGAUCUUCUGUAUUUUCAUUUAACUGCAUUUUGAUUAAAAAUGUAGUGGUUAAGCACAAUAGUUACUGUUAAUUGUAAGGGUUAAUUUUUAAUAAUCCUCUGUUUAUUUGUGAAUUAUUUGAUUGAUAAAAUUAUAAGUGAGAAUAAUGCAGAAAAUUUCUGGUCAUAUAAUGGAAGCACUAAAUAAUAUACUUAUUUUAACAAACUGAAUAUACAAAGUUGCAUUUGUCUAAUGCACUCUUGAGUGUUAUAGCUCUCACUGAAUGCCCCAUUUGAUGAUGAAUGGUGACCCCCUCUUUGCAAAUCCUUUUACAUCUGAAUGUAAACAUAGGUUUGUCAGCAAUCUUUGCACAACAUACACAUUCACAAAAAACUCCAUAUUCAACUUCAUUUAUGUGCUUCCAAUAUGUUCUCUACUUACUAUUAUUUCUUUUGAAAUGUGAAUGCCAAAGAAAUGUGUUUUAAUAGAUUUUAAGAAUGUUCAUUUCAAAAUAUACUUAUUAAAAAGUUUACAGUUUACAGAAAAUGCCAGUUUAUAAACUUGACAGUACCCCUGGUGAUACAUAAUGUUUACAGUUAAAUUAUGAAAACAAUAGGCCAGCAAACUGUUUCAGAAAUAUCCAUUUGUGUCACAGAUAAUGGUGCUUCUCAUACAUUUGCACCUGCUUUCUCAUGUGAAAAUUAUGGGAAAAAUAUGUUCAUAUUCUGGAUGGAGCUGUGGGUAUUUGCUUUUUAGAGAGAUUUUAUUUUGCCUGUACAUCAUUUAAUUUCCAACAUGGUAUAUGAAUCAAAAUUUGUUGCACUGUCAAAAUAAAUCACAUUGCAUUUGGAUAAAUUUUAAGAUAAAAGAGAGAUCUGCAUUUUUUAAGUCUGUUGCUCAUUUGAUGUUGUACUUGCUUAUUUUUAUAGUACCCAAUCGUUGUGCAGUUUCAUAUGCUGUUUAUUGAAAUAUUCAGCCAUGUGUUUCAUAAAACUGCUGGGAAAGAGAUUAUGCAAACAUAAUUGUCCAAAAUCAGUAAGUCUUUUUGGUCAAAUUAUGUGACCCUGUUAGUGUGGUCACUUUUCUCUCUACUUCACCCCUACUCCCACUCUCCAUAAAUUUGCUGCAAAAGGUUUAGUGCAAGUUUCAUGUUGUUGGAAAUCCUUCUUUAUGUUACGCUAUCUUUUCAAGAUUUGAUGUAUCUUGUGAAAGAUUGGAAGCUGCUGAAGUGGACCAUAGUACAAUGGGAGAACCUGAACACAUUACUUCACUUGAACAAUGUUUCUCCCAUCCUGAAAUUUUGUCACAUAGUGCCUGUACAUAGCCUGUCAAUGUUGGGCUUUUUCUCCGUCCUAUGGAGGCACUUGUGCAUCCCAUAAUGUUUUUGCUUGUUAGACUUCUUGGCAUUACUUUUAAUUUCUAUGGUCUAUACUCAUCUUUUACGUAAAUCUGAUGGAAGUUUUAUUACUGUUUACAUCUCAGGAAUUAUCAUUUAUAUUAUCUUCCCAUUGGAAAAAGAAGGUAACUAGGAACACGAGAACUUCAUGUAUUUUCCAGCAUGUAAAUCAUUUUCUUGUCACUCAUUGAUUGGUACUGAUAAAUUAAGCAGUGUGUAUGUGAAAGAAAAAUAUGACAAUAUUUUAAAUAUCUUUGCUAAUAAUUGUUUGCUUUGCUAAUAAUUGUCUUGCGCUUAUUUUUGCUCUCAUGUAAGAGAAUGAUUUUCGUUUAAAGUACCUUAUGUAUCCCAAAUUUUAUAUUAAUGAUUUAUUUAAUCCAGAAGUUCAUUUUUCUUCUGUGUAGGAAUAUUUCAUGUUUGGUGUCUGGGUUUUCCAGAGAGAGCCAGGGAGAACGUUUUGGAGAUUGAAAGAUUGAAAUAAGUCAAAUGUCCUUAACAUCUAACAUAGCAGCAGUUGUGGAAUGUAUAAGAAUUUUUUUACUCACAGAUGGCAAGGUACUGGUUUUCCUUAUAGUGCCUCCAGAUUUUAAGUGUAUAAAACUUAACUGUUGUUAUUGAUUGUGGCUUAAGUGAUCAAUACAGUAAAGUUUGUAAAAAUGGAUAGAGAUGUAGCUUCAUAUCCCUGAUUACUGGCCAGUAUUGUUGCUGCAAGUUGUGUGAUAUAGAGGCAGUGGAUAUGUCUUUAUAUCAUAUAUCAGUUUAUUAACAGUUAUGGCAUAGAAUGAGUAAUAAGAUUGCCGCAUUAUGUAAUACAGAUACCCCAUGUUGGGCAUAGAUUUGGUUAGGGCUCUGUCAGUUGCAAGGGUAACACUGCUGUGUUAAGUAUUGAAUCAAUAAAUUUCUAAGAGUACAAGAUCAUUUUGAAUUAAAUGUGCUUCAUCUGUUAAAUUCAGAUUGUCUGGUGAGAUUGAAGUGUGUAAAAAUCCUAACUGUAGGGAGUACUAAUGUGUUUGGUUUUCAUGCUGGAUUCUUCAUUGUGAUAAAAUGCUUCUGCUUGCUGCAGGACACAUUGUGAAAUGCAGUAGAGUAUACAUAAUGGUGUGAGAAUAAUGAAUAAGAUCUCCUUGAGCACAGUAAUAAAAGGAAACUGUUAUAUAAUUUCCUUGUAGCUUUAAUUCCAUGUUUAAUAACACAUUUCUGCAGUGUUUAGAGUAAUGAAUAUGGAAUAAAUGAUGAGAUUUUGGACAAAGUGUGGUUAAGAAAAUGUGUGAUAAAAGUGCAUUAAGACAUAAAGCAUGUUUGCCUUUGUUUUUAAGAAUAAAUAAUUUAAUCUAUAAUACCUGAUUUCUUUUUGAAAUAUAUAUAAAAUAUUAUUAUAACAGUUGAAUUAAAAAUGUAAAAUUCAGAUGUAGAAAGUUACUUUUGUACUGUGAAUUUUAUUAUUUUUAUUAAGUGAACCAAGUUCACAUGAGUAAAUAAAGGUUUAUGUCCCUUUUACGAAUUGAUUAAAAAGAAGUGUAUUUUCUGUGAUAUACUGGGACACUAUA